AUGUUACUGUUCAACUAUGUCUCUCCAGUCGUGAGUGAGAUUGCCGAUGAUGCAUCGGGGGUUGAUGGGGGCGUCGUACUGUACGAUACCGAUUUGAAUGCUGCCAAUGAGGAGAGGGCCCAAAGAGCUUAUUCCAGUGUCCGUAUUUGCUCUGCCGGUAAAAGGGGCGAGGAUGGCUUCGAAUUCGUGGGCGGUCUUGUUGUAUGCAUUGUAGGUUUUCAGUGUGACGGAGACAGUGACGCCACACGUGCCACCACCCCCUCCGUUCAAACUCACAACAAAUUGACGUUCUCAAUUUUGUUGGCAAUGGGCACUGUGCCCACCACCCUGCAUGUAUUCACCAGCGAUCCCAACGGUCGGGCACUCCCCACCAACGACAAUCAUACCUACGUCACGUGCAGCAGUCAUAAUUCAGAAUCCUUGGACACCAGCACCGAACCUGAAGGCUGGUCCGGCGUAGCCCGAGUCACGGUAUUGCCGGAUCAGAGCAACAUCCUUCAGAUGAUGUGUCCACACAGCGAGAGACCCUGCCGCUGUAGAGCGACCAAAAAAUCACGUCCAGUCUUACGAACAACUAAGCGAAUAUUCUUUGAAGUAGCCAAAGCAAUGGUCCGUUGA